AUGGUUGGGAAAUGGCACCUCGGAGAGGGGAUUGAAAAUCAACCUACGGGCUUUGACUACUGGUCUGUUCUGCCAGGCCAAGGCCUCUACUGGGAUCCCGAAUUUAUUGAGCCCGACGGGGAGCACAUUGAACCAGGAUACGUCACAGACAUUAUCACGGACAAGUCUCUGGAUUGGAUCAAGGCGCGAGACCGCGAUCGUCCGUUCUUCCUCAUGUGCCAUCACAAAGCGCCCCAUCGGUCUUGGGAAUGCGACGACAAGCACAAGCACCUCUAUAAAGACCCCAUUCGUUUGCCUGAUACAUUCUCCGACGACUACAAGAACCGCGCGAAAGCGGCCAAAAUCGCCAAGAUGCGCGUCAUUGAAGACCUCACCUACCAAGAUCUCGGACUUGUCCAGCCCGACGGCGGCCGCAGAGUUGGCGAACCUGUGCUACAGGAAAAGGGUAACAGCGAGCGCAAGAUUCCAGUACCAGGUUCAGUUGCAGAGCUUCACUCCAUGAGGUUAAUUGACAAAGACGAUGGUACUAUCUUUACUUUCGGAAGCCACGCCGAGUUAGCUGAAUUCAAGUUUCAGCGUUACAUGCAACGCUAUCUUCGCACUAUCCAAUCUAUCGAUGAUAAUGUCGGCCGUCUGUUAGACUACCUGGAUUCGGAACCCCAGCUAGCAGACAACACAAUUGUUAUCUAUACCUCGGACCAAGGCUUCUUUCUGGGAGAACACGGCUGGUUUGAUAAGAGAUUCAUGUAUGAGGAGUCAUUUCAAAUGCCAUUACUCAUCAGAUACCCGAAAGAGAUCGUUGCUGCGUCAGUGUGUGACGAUAUCAUAUGCAACGUCGACUUUGCGGCCACCUGGCUGGACUACGCCAACCUGCCUGCGCCUUCAUACAUGCAAGGCACAUCCUUCCGUCCACUAUUGCAAGGCCGUACGCCAAAGUCCUGGCAACAGGUGGCAUAUCACCGAUACUGGAUGCAUAACGACAUUAUUCACCAUGCAUAUGCGCAUUAUGGGAUACGUAACCAGAGGUACAAGUUGAUCUAUUGGUACAACGAGCCAUUAGGUGUCAAGGGAGCCCGUCCAGGGGGGAUAGAGUAUAGAGAGUGGGAGCUCUUUGACUGUGACAAGGAUCCAUUGGAACUUUUUAAUGUGUACCAUGAACGACAAUAUCAAGGUGUUGUAAGGGAGAUGAUUACGAUGUUGGAGAAGAAAAUGGCGGAAAUUGGAGAUGAGCCUGUUCAUCCAAAUCGCGCUGAACAGCCACUACUCCCUAUGGUGAACCUGCAAUUGACUCUUCCGGCAAUGGCAUCUUGCCACAUAGCCCUCGCGGUCUCUGUGCCAUCAGAAGCGUUCGGGAAGGGGCUGCAUAGGAAACGUGCUGAAGCAUUGGUAGACCAGAUGACCUGGGAAGAGAAGGUUGCCCAGAUGGGUGGUAUCCGUCGGCUCCUAAGUCUUGGUCCGCAGAUAGAUGAAGAGAACUACGAAUGCCGGCAAGUGGAGUACCAAAAUGGAAACAUUGGGUUUGGUGCUACGCUCAACUGGGCUGAUGAGAUUCUUUCACUCACGAACGACAUACGACAGAGGGAAAUUAAUGAGAGUCGGCUUCAUAUCCCAUUUAUCACGGUCACGGAUUCUAUAAACAGUCUAUACUUGUCUGGGGGCACUAUAUUCCCAAGUAACCUUGCCAUGGCGGCUACAUUCAACAUCCCGCUGUUCAGGGAGGGCGUUGCUGCACUUCGUGAAGAGCAACUAGCAAUCGGUGUAUCAUGGGUUCUGUCUCCGCCACUAGAUAUAGCGUGGGAGCCGCGAUAUUCCCGCAUCGGUGAGCUAUUUGGCGAGGACUGUUAUUUAACAGGCGAAUUCGGCCAUGCCUAUGUCCAGACUAUGCAAGACAAAGACGAAUCAGGAAAUAUCAAAGUCGCCACGACCGUUAAGCAUUUCGUUUACGGCGAGAGUCGUGGUGGAGUUAAUGCUGCCAGCAUGUACGGAGGAAUAAAUCACCUUUACAACGACCAGUUGCGGCCUUAUAUGCGAGCACUAGAAGCGGAUCCCGCCGCUGUUAUGGUAUCUUACGCGUCGGUCGAUUUGGUUCCGAUGUCGGCGAACAAGUAUCUCGUGAGGGAUGUUCUCCGUGAAAAGCUUGGCUUUGAGGGUAUUGUUAUGUCAGAUGCUGGGUCUAUUGCGCAUCUCUAUACUGAGUCUCGGCUGGCGGACUCAUAUGCCGAAGCUGCAUUAUUAGCGCUUGAGGCUGGGUUGCAGAUGGAGUUGAGCCCCGGCUCUCCGGCUGUAUUUCCUACUCUUGUUGCAGCUGCAGAGGAUAGACAUGUUGGAAAGUUGAUAAAUGACGCUGUAUUGAAUAUUCUUCAGCUGAAGUUCGCAACCGGCCUCUUUGACAAUCCUCUUCCUGACCCAGCGAAAGUGAACGAGACCCUACGAACACCGGCCCACCUCGACAUUAGUCGCAAUGUCACCAGGGAAAGCAUUGUCCUACUUCAGAAUGAUGGUAUCCUACCAAAGAUACCAUCGAAAGUGGCCCUGCUCGGCCCAUUUGCUGAUAUCCGUAACUAUGGCUCCUAUGCGCCUGUGAACUCGAGUGACUCUCGGUACGGCAACUCACUUUAUCAAAGUCUCCGAGCCAAGCUUGGUGCAAGUAAUGUGAACCUUGUCCAAGGAGUCGACUUCAUCGACACCAAUUCCACAAACAUCGCCACCGCAGUUUCAGCCGCUAAAGAGGCCGGUCUUGCAAUCGUCGUCCUUGGCUCACUGUCCGUCGGUACGACAGAUCCCCUUGUAACCAAGCGGACCGAUGGGGAGUUCUUCACGCACGCAGAACUAAGCUUCCCAGGGGCUCAACAGCAACUCCUCGAUGCUGUACUGGACGCUUCUAUUCCAACGAUCCUGGUCCUCUCUGGUGGACAACCUUACGUGCUCAAUAAUUCAACCCUCCGGAGCAAUGCUAUCCUGCACUCUUUUCUCGGUGGCGAAUUCACUGGCGAUGCGUUGGUCGAGAUUAUAAUGGGCCACGUCAACCCUAGCGGCAAGUUGCCAAUCAGCUUACCCCAGGAUACAUCUGCUACUCCAGUGUUUUAUGAUUAUCUUCCGAGCGACGAUACCGGGACAGCGGAUAGCAUCCUAGGAUUCCAUUCUACGUACCAGUUUCCUUUGCUUUCGCGGGCCCCAUCGAUGCCAUUUGGGUUUGGCUUGAGCUAUACAGAUUUCACGGUCUCGACACCUAUUGCGAGAGCCGGGAAUAACAGUGUUGAGGUGCGUGUGAAUAUUACCAAUAGUGGUUGUAUCGCUGGCAAGGAAGUCGUGCAACUAUACCAUCGCCCGAACACGACGACAGGGAUCGAAUUUCCUGUGAAGCGCUUGGUUAGAUUUGAGAAGGUUGACCUACGCGCUGGGGAAGGUAUAGAGGUUCGGUUUGUCAUUCCGUAUAAGGAUUUAGGGUACUAUGUCAAUGGUAAAUUGCGCGUGAAGCGGGGCGUCUACUCUUUCUGGGCUGGUACGAGUGCGAGGACGGAGGAUCUAAUCGGCAUCAACGUGACGGUUAUUUAA